AUGGUGCGGCUCGUCGUGCUGAGGGCUUGUGCCGUGGCGUUUGUUUGUGUUUGCGUGGUGGCGCUGUCCUGUGGUGGUGGCAGCGGCGUCCCCAGCGUGGACGCAGGCAAACAGCUCGAGCUCGAGGACCUAGGUGGUGGUGGUGGUGGAGGAGGAGGAACUGGUGGAACUGGUGGGAAUGGUGAUGACCCAGACAUGGGCGGUGAAGAUCCCAUUGACCAAGGAGACCCACCAGUCACCACGACACCAACCACAACGACUGCAACGAGCAAAACGUUCAGCAUUGCUGCAGCCGCGUCCGCCACCUGGGUCAAGGACUACGAUGGCUACAUCACGGAUAACUUCUUCCGUGUCGGUUUGUACGACCGACAUCGGGGCCUGCUUGCCUUCGAUAACGAGGACCUGCGCGGCCCCUUGAGUGAAUGCCGCGAUACAGGACGCCUGGCCUCAGCAACUCUGCACGUCUUCGCGAGCUCCACUAACAAGAACGCCAACCACCGCCCGCUGCACGUUGUGGCAGAUGGGCUUCGGCAGCCUUUCUUGAGUGGCAAUGAGCAUUGGCCAACAAACUUCGUCAAUGACGGCGCAUACGUGCACGAGCUUCCCACGGCAAGCGUCAUCAUUGAGGAGGGCGACAUUGACUCUGACGAGGGAGAGAGUGUGUCAUUUCAAUGGGAUGUCACCCGCAUUGUUGAGCGCUGGCUCGACACCAGUGCAGACGACGAUGCCUCGCAAGUGCGCGCGUUCGUGUUGUACGACACAGCAGAAGACAACAGUGGCUCCACCUCCAACUCUGCUGUGGCUUUUAGCACAGCUCCCGCCAUCCUCAGCUUCCAAUGCACGCGUACCCCUCCACAGCAAUCGAUGGUGACCCGUACCCGCAUUGACCAGUGGUGGGUGGCUUCUCACCCCACGGGCUCAUGGGGGAGCGACUCGCUCAAAGUGUGCACGCGAUCGUCUUGUGACGUCGGAUACGACAAUGUGCUCUUAGGUGUGGACUAUGCUCGGCGCGGGGUGUUGGUUUGGAGUGCUGACGACACGGACCAGCUGCUGGACGCAACGGCCACGUGUCCCGGCACUGUCACUGCACGCCUAACGAUGACGUCUAAAGAAGACCCCACCACAGCAGACAGCAGCUUCCGUCUUCGUGCCCUCAAGAAGAUCCCGCAGUGCAAGGACCUCACGAGAUCAUGCGAGAAAGCAUCGCAGUCGUGGGAUGACGACUUUGUGGACGAGUACACGUUUGGUGAGACGGCGACAGCAGGGGGUGGCGGGGAAUCCAGGAUCUUGCAAUGGGAUGCCACGCAGGUGUGGUCUGAAUACGUGCAGGAGCGCGACAACAGCGACCCCACGCAAGGACCGAUGGCAGUGGUGGUGUGGAUUGACGGUGAUGUGAGUUCGGGCGCCAGUCACAUUGGCCUGUUCAGCUUUCGCAACAACGACGACGACAUACUGACAGCGGCUGAAGAGAGGUGCGCCAGAGGGUUCUCGCUCCAGCUUACCAUGACCAUCGCUGGUGCCAUCAGCAAUGCGGGCAAGGACGUGAAGCUGAAACUGCGGGCGUUGCGUCAAGCACCGGAGUGCAGCGACAGCGGCGCAAGCGAUGAUGACAGCAGUGAAGAGAAUGGGCGCGAGUACAUGUGCACAGCAGACGCGUUGGAGGCCAACUUUGCCAGAAGGUAUUCUGAACGGGUGUAUGAGAAGGCUGUUGAUGAGGAAGUGGGGAGGGUGCUGCAAGGGAAUACGCUGGUGCUGGACGUCACGGAGGUGUGGUCACAGCUGUCGUCCAAAGACACGCAUGAGGGCGGGAGCGAGGGUGGCCAUGGCGCGUUUGCCCUUGUGCUGUGGGUGGAUGGUGACACCAGCACCAACCGUGACCGCGGCAGCUUGACGUUCAAGUCGGCGUCGUCGUUCAAGGAACCGACGCUGUCGAUCCGGCGUGGCAGCAUUGUUGUCACCGUCACACUCGCAGACACAAGCUCUGUUGCCACGGUGCGGCGCGCAGUCUCCAACGGCGAGGUUGUGGUUGAUGUCGGUGGCGGCAAGGUCGCUGCCGAGCCCGCUGCUGUUAAUGGCGGUGAUAGUGGUGGUGGCGAUGGUGGUGGCGGUGUUUCGACGACCACGGCCACGACGACUGGCAAGAAGGGCGGUGUUGACGCAUCGUCCUCGUCCUCGUCCUCCUCCGCGCUGUCAACGCCAGUGAUUGUGGGCAUUGCUGUGGGCGCAGUCGUGUGCUGCACGGUGGUGAUCGUGCUGGUGGUUCGGCGCUCCCGCCCCCGCCGCACACACACGACGCCUGCGCUUGAUGAUGUCGGGGCGGCCUCCACGCUGGCCAUGUACGCCAACCCGAUGUACGAGGCGCCUCCACGCAGCACCUCUGCCGACCAGGCAAUGCCACCAACACCAUCCUCAGCAUCGACACUAUCUUCAACGCCGGGCGGUGGCGUCGUGGCGAGCGAGCCCGCUGGUGCUGUGUAUGAUGUGCCGCAGGUGCGAGGAGCGCACGUCGUGAGUGGCUGGGAGGCGACAGCGCCGACAUAUGCCAACACUGUUAGUGCCAAUGCAAGCCCUCAAUACGACCACCUGCGCCAGCCUCAAGGCCAACAUCGGCGACAACAGCAGCAGCACCGGCAAGAGCAUGGACAGGCAGCUUGGGCCCCCGCAUUUGGUCAUUCACAAGCACACCACGCAGCGCCACCGCCGCUCACGUCGACAGCUGCUCCGGGUGUGUAUGACAUGCUGCAGCGGCCUGAGCAGGAACCUCAAUACAAGAGCGCACCCGAUGGCGAGUACGACUCCCUCCAACGCCUCACAUUUGUGCGUGGGAAAAGCGUCCGCACACACAAACGCAUGCCUGCAGGCAACCGUGGCCCCACAAGUGCGCGGGCACACAUGGCGGUCGCCGAAGAGGAUGCGGAGGGCGAUUACGUUGACGCCACCAUUGGAUGGGAUGCUUGA